CCAGGUUGACAAAGAAAAAAAACGAAGACCUUAUUUUUAUCAAAACAAAUUAGGCAUUUUUUUCUCCAGAAUCAAGUGUAGCUAUUAUUCGAAAAAAUGGCACAAACAGCGGGUGUUAAACCUAUGACGAUAGUUGGUCGCGUAGCCAGUGAAAGGGAAAGAUGUCUUGGUAUGACUGAUGCAGAAAGGGCUUGGCGUAAGCAAUGGUUAAAAGAUCAAGUUUUAGCCGCUCACGAGCCAGUUCACGUGGAAGAAUAUUGGAGAGAGCGUACUAAUCCUAUUCGUCGUUUUUACCGGAAACCCUUGGACGUACUCUUUGCGAAACUUACCCCAAUGCUGGGAGAACAACGUGCUGCACAUUAUAGAUAUAUAUCUGGAAAACUUGGUUUAAUCGCUGUGGCUAUGCUAUCAACACAUUACUACUUUAAAUAUUUAGGAAACGACUGGACAAAGAAGGGUGGUUGGAGAGUACUAAAAACCAAACCAAUGGUUCUUCCUGGACAACCUGGAUUCCCAUUCAAAUCUGAGAAAACCGAUUCUGAUUACGCUGAAAGGAAAUUCAAGAGCUCUGUUAUUUAAAAACAAUUUAAUUGACAAACAGUGUAGUUUUCGAGAAAAUUAAACAUAUUUAACAUCAAUAACAAUUUAUCUUCAUGAAAGUUGUAGUAUAAUGCGUUUUGUUUAUUUAAAUAAAUAGCUGUUACGAA